AUGAGAGGGAAGUCAAUGCUGUUGGAAGUGCUGGGGAAUUACGGACUCGGAGUGGGAUUCCGCGAUCCCUAUAGAUUCCAAGUGAAGAAGGAGGGACCCACAGACGAGAUCUCCUCCUACACUUUUUUCACCAGAGACCGUCAACGAUUCCCUCUUCCCGUUACCUUCAUCGAUACCCCAGGCUUCCUUAAGGGGAAGCCCGAGGAGGAUCAGAAGUUGAUGGAUGCCAUCAGUGAUUUUAUCUGGCUCCAUCACAAGCAAGGCGUGAAUGCCGUCAUCUUCGUUGUUCCAAGCGCUCAGGCGAGAUUGACAGCAGAGCAAGAGAUGGUGUUGCGAAACUUCACCAAAGUCUUGGAAAAAGAACAGACUUGUGAGACAUGCUAUCUGUUUUGUACAUUCGCGGACAGCAGACGCCUUCCCGUCCUACAAUCCGUAAAAGAAGCCGGCUUGAAAUUCAAGGACCAUUUCCCCGUCAACUGCUCUGUCUACUUCGUCAAGGAGAACGAGAACAAAGAAGAUGACUCUUUCGACGACGAGGAAAUGAAGGGAGAAACAGAAACGGCUUCCCUCAAUGAACUGCUCUGGAAGAUGACCAUGGAAAGUAUUCAAAAUUUCAUCAAGGAUAUUCUGAGGAAUCAUCCCGUUUCCGCCCAGGAACGGCUCGACCUGGCAGAAGGAGAAGAGCAUGGAAGAAAGAAAGAGGACACAGGUACAGGAACACGUGCUAGAGAUUCAGGUAAUCCCACAAUAUCUGCCAUCUCUUCAAUAGAUAAGGACAAAGAAGACAGGUCCCUACAAAAUCCGACGAUUGCUGAAUCACAUAAUCCCACAAGAGUGAUCCCUCCACAAUCCAAUAGAGAAAGGGACACGGAGCAAGACGAAGCACCAUCACCUUCGCAAUCUAUUUGCAACGAAACUAAUGAAACGAAGAGUAAGAGGCCACGAAAAGUUUGGACGUUUUUUUCGAACCUGUGCUUAUGCGUCAAGCAUGACCGACGAAAGAAAGAGAAAAAAUCUGGUGGUGGUACUGCAUCCGCAGGCGGUUUCCGAGAUCGAGAAGUUCAUGUCAAUUCUGCAGACAUGCCUGGUGAAACUGAUGUCCCAGGAGGCCUGCCUUACAGUGCUACGAGACAACGAAAAAAGGAUGAGACCCAAUAUAAGGAUCCCAAAGAGCGGAAGCCUCACUCAAAAAAAUCAUCUGCCACCAACAUGGCUUCAACAAGGCCAACCAAAGCGUAGCACAUGAAGAUUGAUGAAAUCCUGGAAAACGAAGACAUGUUAUACGCUUUGAGUCUGGCACCGACCAUGAUGAGACUUGGAAGGGUAUCGCAAAAAGAGAAAAAGAGAAAGUGCUAAACCAAAUUGAAUCUGGUAGUUCCACGAUCCAAUAAUUUUUAUUCUCUGCAUCUUACUAUCUCCAUUUAAACCACAACAAAUUGACUGUUUUAUGUGGCUCUUCUUGGAUGUGGUUCUUCAUCAGCGUAGCAAUGAAAUCGUGGCCAGAUAAUUCUUUUGGGUCAUAUGGUUGAUUCAGAAGAAGUUCUCUGCUUCUUGUUUCCUUUGGUUGUUCAAAAAAAGGCAGUUAUUUCAAAAAGUGCACUGCUAUACUGUGCUGACAAGAAAUUCGGGAGUUUUUAUAACAAUCAGGAUUUUCUUCUAGUGUCAACAUCGUAUUCCUUUGAUACCUGGUAUUCCCCC